ACAUCGGACUCUUCCAGCAACUCAAGCAGGUAGCCAUGGACAGAAAGGGGGAGCCGGGCCUGGCCUCGGACUGCCCAGUCUGCUGGAACGCUUAUGACAACUUUUUCCGGACCCCCAAGCUGCUUCGGUGUGGUCACUCCUUCUGCAUCGAGUGCCUGGCACAUCUCAGCCUGGUCUCCCCAGCCCCAAACCAGCUGCCGUGCCCGCUUUGCCGCUGUCCGACCGUGCUGCUGGCCAACCAGCGGGUGACCGAGCUGCCCACAAACAUUGCCGUCUUGCACUUAAUGGGCUUGGAGCCCAACCACAUCGUCCUGGAGGGCCGGCAACUCUACCUCAAGGAGCAGCGCAAGAGGAGGUACUUCCUGCGCCAGCCCAGGGUCUACACCCUGGACCUGGGCAUGGAGACUGAGCUCAGCACCCACAGUCACCACGAGAGCCCCCCGCCGGUGACCCCCACCACCACCGCCGUGCCCGGGCACUCCCUCCUCCGGGAAUGUGUCCGUAAUCCUCAGCUUCGGAUCUUCACCUACUUGAUGGUCAUUAUCUUAAGUGUGACUUUACUGCUUAUCUUCUCCAUUUUCUGGACAAGACAUUUCUUCUCAGGCAUGGGGUGAGGGAAAGCCAGGGCUGAAAACCUGCUUUUGGUUUAAUGUCGUGGGGGUUCUUUUUCAGGAGGG